AUGAUUUCUAGUGAUAGUAAAAAAAAUUUUAAUCCAUAUGUUCCAUUUCUUGUUUCUGCAAUAUCAGGAGGGGUAGCUGGUGCUGUUGCUAAGACUGUAAUUGCUCCAAUGGAUAGGACAAAGAUAAAUUUUCAGGUUGAUGCAAAUAGAAGAUACUCAACUAGGGCUGCCCUCAACUUUAUUAUAAAAACAUUUCAAACAGAAGGUUUUUUUGCUCUUUUUAGAGGAAACUCAGCAACAAUGCUUCGUGUUAUUCCAUUUGCAACAUUUCAAUAUGCCUCAUAUGAGGAGUAUAAAAAAUUAUUUGAAGUUGAUAAAGAUGGUAAAAGAACUCCAUUAUUAAGGUAUGUUGCUGGUUCAUGUGCUGCUACAACAGCAACCUGUUUAACAUUUCCUCUUGAUACUUUAAAAGCUUGGUUAUCAGUUAUUAAUAAAAAAGAAUAUAAUGGAAUUUUAGAUCUUUGUAAAAAAAAAUAUAAUUGUCAUGGUAUUGAGAUAUUUUAUAGAGGUAUUACACCAGCCCUAAUUGGAGUUAUUCCAUAUGCAGGAUCAAGUUUUUUUACCUAUGAAACAUUAAAAAUUUGGUAUAAAGAUGAAUUUAAAAAUGAACCUCCAGGAUAUUGGCGUAUGGCAUUUGGUGGAUUGAGUGGUGCAAUUGGUCAGACAGCAUCUUAUCCAUUUGAUAUUGUACGUAGACGAAUGCAGACUGGAAAAAUUUCCAAAAAUCAAAAUAUAUUUAAAUCAUUAUUACUAAUAAUAAAAAAUGAAGGAAUUAUUGGUGGUAUUUUUAAAGGUCUUUCAAUGAAUUGGAUAAAAGGUCCAAUGGCUGUUGGGAUAUCAUUAACAUUAUAUGAUACACUACAUCUUAAAUUAAAAGAAUUAUAUGUUAAAUAG